AAUAAGAAUAAACAGAAUUAUGAAGACAAAGUUUUACCGCUUCCUGUGUAUUGUUGUGUAUGUCCUAUCUUUGCUCAUGAAUGGCUCAUCAGCAGCAACACCUCCAACAAGUAAUACUUCAACUUCUUGUAACAGAACCUGUGGAGGAAUCUCGAUCCCCUUCCCGUUCGGAAUCGGUGGGAAGGAUUGCUAUCUCAACAACUGGUACGAGGUUGUAUGUAACACCACCACUUCCGGGUCUUCCAGCACAACUGUUCCACUCCUGUCUAGAAUCAAUAAGGAAGUGGUGAACAUCUAUCUUCCAGAUGGUUAUCCUGAACCAUACGGAGUGGUUCACAUCAAAGGUCCUGUGACUUCGUUGGGUUGUUCUAGUAAUACUAGUCAAGUACCACAAAAGUCGCUCUCGGGUUUGAAUGUCACAGGCAAGGGUAGCCCAUAUUUCCUCACUGACGAGAACCGCCUCGUGGCGGUUGGCUGUGGUACCAAGGCUUUGAUGACGGAUAUUGAAUCAGAGAUCUUGGGUUGUGAGUCGAGUUGUGAAGACAGCACGAGUAGUAAAGAAGUAACAAACUCGAUUUGUAACGGUUACAAAUGCUGCCAGGCAAGAAUACCGACCGAGCGUCCGCAAGCAAUGGGUGUCAACAUAGAGAUCAAUAAUGGUACAGGAGGAGGAGGGUGCAAAGUUGCUUUUUUGACGAACACGAGGUAUUUACCGUCAAAUGUUACAGAGCCAGAAAAGUUCCAUGCCGAUGGCUACGCGGUGGUAGAGCUAGGAUGGUACUUUGAUACUUCAGAUUCUCGCUUUAGGAACCCCUUGGGUUGCAUAAAUCUGACCCGUUCUAAUGGGUCUUACUUUGCGGACGACAACUGCCUUUGCCAGUACGGGUACUUUUCCGAUAUCAAUUAUAGGAACUGCUAUUGCGGCAAUGGCUUCACAGGAAACCCAUACAUACGAGGCGGAUGCAUAGACAUUGAUGAAUGCAAAGUACCCAACAAGUGCGGAGAAGAUACUUGUGAGAACAUUGUUGGAAUGUACAAAUGUGUGCCAAAGAUAACCAAGCCAGCCAAACCCGCUGUUCUUCGAGGGGUCCUUAUAGGUUUGUUGGGACUUCUGUUUCUUGUUAUUGGGAUUUUCGGGUUAUUCAAAGUUAUUAGAAAGCGACGGAGGAUCAUCCGUAGUAUGAAGUUCUUCAAACGUAAUGGAGGCUUGUUGUUGAAACAACAGUUAACAACAAAAGACGGUAGUGUCGAGAUGUCAAAAAUAUUCAGCUCGAGAGAGUUGGAGAAAGCCACUGAUAACUAUAGCAUUGAUAGAGUGCUUGGGCAAGGUGGUCAAGGCACUGUGUACAAGGGAAUGCUAGUAGAUGGGAGUAUUGUUGCUGUUAAAAGAUCGAAAGUUGUGGAUGAAGACAAAAUGGAAGAGUUUAUCAAUGAGGUCGUCCUUCUCUCACAGAUUAACCAUAGGAACAUUGUGAAACUCUUGGGAUGCUGCUUGGAGACAGAAGUACCAAUCUUGGUGUAUGAAUAUAUUCCCAAUGGAGAUCUGUUCAAGCGGCUUCAUGAUGAAUAUGAUGAUUACAAGAUGACUUGGGAAGUGCGACUUGGCAUAGCCAUAGAGAUCGCAGGAGCUCUUACAUACAUGCACUCAGCUGCAUCUUUUCCAAUAUUCCACAGAGAUAUCAAGACUACCAAUAUACUAUUGGAUGAGAAAUACCGAGCAAAGAUGUCUGAUUUCGGAACUUCAAGAUCGGUAACCACUGAUCAAACUCACUUGACAACAUUAGUUGCGGGAACUUUUGGGUACAUGGAUCCAGAGUACUUCCUGUCGAGCCAGUACACUCACAAAAGCGAUGUAUAUAGUUUCGGGGUUGUGUUGGUGGAGCUCAUAACAGGAGAAAAACCAAUGUCCCGUGUCCGGUCUGAAGAAGGCAUAGGUUUGGCAACUUAUUUCCUCGAAGCAAUGAAAGAGAACAGAGCUGUUGACAUAAUUGAUAUUCGGAUCAGGGAAGAAAGCAAGCAAGUAAUGGCGGUAGCAAAACUCGCCCGAAAAUGUCUUAAUCGAAAAGGGAAUAAGCGGCCAAACAUGAGAGAGAUUUCAAUGGAGCUAGAGAGGAUCCGUUCAUCACCCAAAGAUUUAGAUGUCCAUCCGGAAGAAGAAGAAGAAGAAGAGGAUCAACUUAUGGAAAUCAACAGAAUAUAUGAUUCUUGAAACAUCUUAAAUAAGACUUUGCUGGAACAAUUGUUAUAUCUAUAAAAACUAAGUGUUCAAAGUGUUGCUAGUUGGAGUUAAAAUGCCUCUUAUUAAGUGUAAGAACCUGUAAACCCACUCACUAUUUUUCCUUGAAAAUCUAGGGUUUCCGA